GUGCCUUGGGGGCGGGGCGGGAGCGCCUGGCCACGCGCAGCAUCCUGCCCCGAGCGCACAGAGCAGUCUUUCAGCCGCUGGAGCACCGGCCGCCGCAGCUCGCCACCGCCGCGCCAGCCCUCGGGCCGGGGUCUGCGCGCACUGCACGGCCCGUAGGAAGGGUAAGAGAAGGGGGACCUGCUUAGAAGGGCUCCAACUUCAGCGGACGCGUCCGGGCGAGGGCGGAAUGAGUCUGCUGUGAACGAUUUUUCCCGCUCCGAAUCCCGAGACCCAUGGAAAGUUUUGAAGGAGGAGGCGUGGCCCCGCAGCCUUAUCGUUUUCCACAGGCGAGGAUUCCGGAGAGAGGGUCAGGUGCUUUCAGGUUAACCGCCAGAAAUGCAAUGGCACAUCAUGAUUCUGAGAUGAAAGAAGAAUGUCUAAGGGAAGACCUGAAGUUUUACUUCAUGAGCCCUUGUGAAAAAUACCGAGCCAGACGCCAGAUUCCAUGGAAACUGGGUUUGCAGAUUUUGAAGAUAGUCAUGGUCACGACACAGCUUGUUCGUUUUGGUUUAAGUAACCAGCUGGUGGUUGCUUUCAAAGAAGAUAACACUGUUGCUUUUAAGCACUUGUUUUUGAAAGGAUAUUCUGGUAUAGAUGAAGAUGACUACAGCUGCAGUGUAUAUACCCAAGAAGAUGUCUAUGAGAGCAUUUUCUUUGCUAUUAAUCAGUAUUAUCAUCUAAAGGACAUUGCCCUGGGGACCCUUGGUUAUGGAGAAAAUGAAGACAAUAGAAUCGGCUUAAAAGUCUGUAAGCAGUGUUACAAGAAAGGGAGCAUGUUUCCUUCUAAUGAGACACUGAAUAUUGACAACGACAUAGAGCUCGAUUGUGUUCACUUAGACCUUCAGGCUCUCUCCAAGGACCCUCCGGACUGGAAGAACUCAUCAUUUUUCAUACUGGAAUUUUAUCGGCUCUUACAGGUUGAAAUCUCCUUUCAUCUUAAAGGCAUUGACCUACAAACAAUUCAUUCCCGUGAGUUACCAGACUGUUAUGUCUUCCAGAAUACGAUUAUCUUUGACAAUAAAGCUCACAGUGGCAAAAUCAAAAUCUAUUUUGACAGUGAUGCCAGAAUUGAAGAAUGUAAAGACUUGAACGUAUUUGGAUCUACUCAGAAAAAUGCUCAGUAUGUCCUGGCGUUUGAUGCAUUUGUCAUUGUGAUUUGCUUGGCAUCUCUUAUUCUGUGUACAAGAUCCAUUGUUCUUGCUCUAAGGUUACGGAAGAGAUUUCUAAAUUUCUUCCUGGAGAAGUACAAGCGGCGUGUGUGUGAUGCCGACCAGUGGGAGUUCAUCAACGGCUGGUAUGUCCUGGUGAUUAUCAGCGACCUGAUGACAAUCGUUGGCUCCAUAUUAAAAAUGGAAAUCAAAGCAAAGAAUCUCACAAACUAUGAUCUGUGCAGCAUUUUGCUUGGAACCUCUACACUCUUGGUUUGGGUUGGAGUCAUCAGAUACCUGGGUUAUUUCCAGGCAUAUAACGUGCUGAUUUUAACAAUGCAGGCCUCACUGCCAAAAGUUCUUCGGUUUUGUGCUUGUGCUGGUAUGAUUUAUCUGGGUUACACAUUCUGUGGCUGGAUUGUCUUAGGACCGUACCAUGACAAGUUUGAAAAUCUGAACACAGUUGCUGAGUGUCUGUUUUCUCUGGUCAAUGGUGAUGACAUGUUUGCAACCUUUGCCCAAAUCCAGCAGAAGAGCAUCUUGGUGUGGCUGUUCAGUCGUCUGUAUUUAUAUUCCUUUAUCAGCCUUUUUAUAUAUAUGAUUCUCAGCCUUUUUAUUGCACUUAUUACAGAUUCUUAUGACACCAUUAAGAAAUUCCAACAGAAUGGGUUUCCGGAAACGGAUUUGCAGGAAUUCCUGAAGGAAUGCAGUAGCAAAGAAGAGUAUCAGAAAGAGUCCUCAGCCUUCCUGUACUGCAUCUGCUGUCGGAAGAGGAAAAGAAGUGAUGAUCACUUGAUACUUAUUAACUAAAGUUCUUCUGCUAAAGAUGAUUAAAGUUCAGGCCUCCUUAUUCAGUGGCUGGGCAGAGGAACUCCAAAUGACUUGGACCAGCAUUUCCAAAAUAACUCUCUUAUUUACUGUGGAGUGGGAAAGAGGACUUGUGGUUAGCCAGCUGACCAUGACCGAAGUUCCAGCUUUACUUUUUAUAAAUUGAAUGAUAAAGAAUGGACCAUAGGCUACUACUGGGCAUUAGUGCAAUUGAACAGCAAUAAUAAAAUUCUCUAUUAGUUGUUAAUCUAUGACAUGAUCUUGGAAUGGAAAAGAUCACAUUUCAGAGUGUGCAAAAGCAGUAGUGUUUAAGGCCAUGUCAUAAGUAUGUGUGUUUAUUGUCAAAUAAGGAUUUGUUUUAAAGGUGAUUCUUCGGUUUGAAGACAUUUGUUAAUUCAUGAUCUGUACAGAAAUGAAGUUGGUUGUAAUACCAAUCUAGAGACUCCAAGCUGGUGAACUAUUAAGCCGUUUAAACAUCACCCUUGGCCAGGCAUAGUGGCUCACACCUGUAAUCCCAGCACUUUGGGAAGCCUAGGCAGGCAGAUCAUUUGAGCUCAGGAGUUUGAGACCAUCCUGGGCAACAUGGCAAAACCCCAUCUCUACAAAAAAUUCAAAAAUUAGCCAGGUGUGGUAGCAGACAUCUGUAGUCCCAGCUACUUGGGAAGAUGAAGUAGGAGAAUCACCUUAGCCCUAGAGGUUGAGGCUACUGUGAGCUGUGAUUGUGCCAGUGUCCUCCAGCCUGGGUGACAGAGUGAGACUCUGUCUUAAAAAAAAAAAAAAAAGAUCACCCUUAAAUAAACAAAAAGGCCUCAUGCUCAUGCAGUGGGCUUUUCUUGGCCUGUUUUCCUCUGGGUUUUCUUCAGCAUGAUAUGAAGCAACUGUUGGCAUAGCCAGUGGGAUGAGUAGGAAAUGGAAUCAUUUGGCUGCCUCAUCGCUGUGCUGAUGGUCAUUUGUACACACACGACAUGUGGAAGUGACCUGUAGCAGUGGUCACUCAUUUUAACAAUUGAACUCCACUGUGUUGGGUAUUUACCUUUGUCUAGCCAAGAAAUAUGGUAUAUUUUCUCUAAAUAAAUUUAUUUUUAUCAUUCCAUAUGGCACUAGUACUAUUUUAUGCAGUAUCUCUAAACAACUUCCUAGUGAAAAAUUCAGAUCACAUCUCUCUUAACUACUUGGUCUCCAAAAGGGAUUUCCCAAUUUCAUAAAAGCAGUGAAGAAGAUACAGAGGCUAGGAUAUAGAAGUUAUUCAAUAAAUAUUUAUGAUGAUACCUUGAGAGAUGAAGAUCACUUCAUGCAUAGACUUAUUUCAUACUCGAGCUAUCUCAGUGGUCAGCUAUUUAAAAGUUAUUGGUAAAGAGGAGAAUCUGAAUUAGGCAGGACCCCCCUUCCAGGGCUCUUCCUCUUUCUCCUUGGCGUCAGUCUUCUCUCCCCACAAUCCCCUACCCAGUUUUCCUCCUCCUGUCACCUUCCCCCUCCUUGCUCCACCUCCAUUUCAUAUGCCUGUAUCAAAUCUAGGAAGGGAAAAAUCAUGCAGUUAAUACCAUUAAAGUUUAAGAGAGUAAAUGACUCAUAUCUACACACAUAAAACUUGGCUAAAAAUUAUUUUAAAUUUUCUUUUUUGCAAAAUAUGUGAAGAGUUAUGUUUGAUUUUUAAACCAAGACACCAUUAAACUUGUGACUUGGGGGUAAUUUGCAUGACUCCACAAUCAGAUAUGUAAUUGGACCACUUGUUAACUUCUGAGUUUAUUGUAUACUUAGUUUUGUCUCUGAAAAUAAUUGCUAUUUUUUUCUUUUUUUUUUUUUUUUUAGAGGGAGUCUGGCACUGUUGCCCAGGCUGGAGUGCAGUGGUUCGAUCUUGGCUCACCGCAACCUCUGCCUCUUGGGUUCAAGCAAUUUCCCUGCCUUAGCCUUCUGAAUAGCUGGAACUACAGGAGCACACCACCACGUCGCCUAAUUUUUAGUAUUUUUUUAGUAGAGACUGGGUUUCACCAUGUUGGCCAGGAUGGUCUCAAUCUCCUGACUUUGUGAUCAGCCCACCUUGGCCUCUCAAAGUGUUGGGAUUACAGGCGUGAGUCACCGUGCCUGGCCCAAGAAUUGCUAUUAAAAGGAUUUCACUUAUUGUGCAGCUGUGACUGCCAUUUAAACAGAAGAUUAAUGAUGAGCUUUCAUGCUCUUAGUAUUCUUUUAUUGGCUUUCAUGUUUUAUUUCUUUCUCUCCAGCUGGACAAAACCAUUUUAAGAAGAAAAAUGUUUUUUCAGGGUUACCCCACAUCUAUAGCAAACAUUGUUUUCUCCCUUUUUAAUAAUGUUAAACAAUUGUCACUUUA